GCGAUCACACCAGGAAUCCUCGUAUCAAGAACCCACCGAAGAGGAGGAAAAUCACUCUGACUCAACCCUUAGACCGAGAGGAAGACCUCCCCAGACCGUUACCUCGAUGCUUCAUGAAGGUGGAGUCAUUCGGGGGUAAAGAGAUGAGGAGAGCGCAAGAUGACACACAGAUGGAUUAUCUCACAUGCGCCAGGAUUGACCACCGUUCCUCUUUAACUCUUGAUCCCUGCUUUUUCUCCUCAGUGUGAAAUCUGAAAAUACUUUCCUGCACAUGUGGAGUGAAGCAGCUAUUGGACAGGUAGAUUGCUUGGUGCAUUUUUCUUUCAUUGUGCUGGAAUUAAGGAUUUUUUCCCAUGGCAAUCUUUCAGACUGGAUAUCAGUGAACUCUAUUUUUUUCUUUUCUGUUUUUUUUUUUUUAUUGAGCGCCUGGAAAAUAAAAGGGUAACACUGGAGCAGCCAAGAAUAGUCAACUUUAGCAAACAAUUUAGAGCGAUUACAAAACGUAAGGGAAGUGGAAAAACAGGUAAUCUUUAUUCAUUCAGACUAUUUUAUUGACUAUCUGAUCUUCAGCCUAACGCUUUAACAUUGGAGAAGAGAACUCAGUGGAAUAUCAGUGUGAAACACAUUGACUUGUUGAACACUAUCAAAAAUAAUUGAGAGGGAAAGAAUCUUAUCCAGGUGCUAAAUAAUUGGGACUCUGCAGGGGGACCACUUCGCCACGUCUGGACUGUGGAGGGCUCCCCUCCCUGCCCUCCCAGCCUUUUCUCGCCCCCAGCAGCAUGUCCCAGGCUCUGAGGCUGCCUGUAGUCCUCCACACAGCACACUACCAUGAUCAGAUGGGCUGCUGGAGGGAGUAAGGCUGCCUCUGCCUCGUCCUGCUCCAGGGUUGGGUUAGGGGCUCAUGCUGGGACCAACUCCAGACUGAGGUCACCAUCAACACUGCUUUCCUCCCUGUCUUUGCCUCUCCUGGUUGCCCUGGUGUUAUUUUCCUUCUCCCUACCAGGGGCGGCUUGCCAUCAGCCCCGCAGAGACAGACUUAGGCUCGCCAACCCUCGAACUCUCAGAGUCCCACUGAACAUUUCUGAGACUGAGGUUGUAUCUAGGUCCAGGGCCACUGGGGGCCCCCUGGGUCGGACUGGGGGGCCACAAGGCAGGCAUGUGCGCAGCUACAAUCAUCUCACAGGGGACAUGCGGAGGAGGAAGUUGUUCUCUUUCCAGAAGUUUUUCCUGAGGAUCGAAAAGGACGGAAAGGUCAAUGGAACCAAGAGCAAGGAUGACCCCCUCAGCAUUCUGGAAAUCACGUCAGUGGAUGUGGGAGUUGUGGCCAUCAAAGGGCUGAACAGCAACUACUAUCUGGCUAUCAGCAGGAAGGGAGAGCUGUACGGAGCGAGAGAGUUCGGUGUUGACUGCACCCUGAAGGAGCGCAUUGAGGAGAACGGCUACAACACGUAUGCAUCAGCUGAGUGGAGGAACAAGAAGCGGCAGAUGUUUGUGGGUCUGAAUGUCCACGGGAAGCCGCUGAGAGGGAAGAAAACCCGCAGGAAGAACACGGCCACCCACUUCCUUCCAAUUAUGGUGUGAACUGGGGGGGAUCAGCUGAGGGAAGGAGGAUAAGCAGCACUGGACAGAGAGGUUUUCAAUAAUAAAAAAGCUGUAAAAUAAAAACAUUCACUGAGAAUUCUCUCAUUUUCAAAACAAGGCACUAACACUGUUACACAAAAAAAUAUGAUAUCUGCUCCUGACUUUGACUGAAAUUGCAUACUUUAUUUAGUGGGAGAGGAUGAAAUCUGUGUUUUCUGUGGCACUGGAUGCAAUAUUUAUCCUUGUUUUCUGUGCCAAACUGUUUGCAACUGGAGUAUGUGUGUAAUGCGGACAACACAGGGGAUACUGUCCCAGCUAAUGUACUGCGGUAGAUGCAGAAGAUGUUAUUUAUAAUCCACAUUUAACAGCGAGACACCAGAUAAUCCGAAACAUAAAAGGCGAGAUGAGACUAGACAGGAUGAGGGGAAUGAUGGGUCAGUUCAUCACUACAGCAUGAAUAAUAGACGAUGCAACACAUUUAAAGCAAAUGUUUGAUACUUAACCACUGUGUUUUGACUGUAAUGUAAUGAUUUAUUUAUUUUUGUGAAAUAUUUAACUGGAGGGGAACACUUACAAGGCAAGCAUUCCUUUGCAUUCUUUACUUUUUAUAGGAACUCUUUUAUGUGAAAAUAAAAUACAAUUUUCUCCUCUGCAA